AGGCUUUUAAAACGGGAGGACCCAGCGGCUACACCAUGGCUUCCCGGCUGGACUGCGAGCACGAGGAAGGACGAAGCCCGGGGAGGGACGCGCACCCGGGACCGGAAGGAGAAGGGGAGUGUUGGGCUGCCCGCCACACCCUGGCUCUCAUGGGGUUCCUGGGUCUCGCCGUCGAGUAUUCGCUGCGCGUGAACCUCUCCAUCGCCAUCGUGGCCAUGGCGGGCACGAGCGAGGUCAACGCCACGAACAACGCCUCCCAGGAUGUGUGUCCUGUCAGAGAUAAUGGCACAGACUCGGGAGGGAACCAUGUGGAGGGGGAGUUCGCCUGGGACGAGGAGACGCAGGGCCUCAUCCUCGGCGCCUUCUUCUACGGGUACACGGCCACCAACUUCCUCGGGGGGCGCCUGGCGGAGUACCUCGGAGGGAGGCUGGUCUUCGGCCUCGGUUCGGGCGUGGCCUCGGUCCUCGCCCUCCUCUCGCCUCUGUGCGCGAGGAUUUCGACAGGACUCUUCGUGGCUUCGAGAAUCCUGACUGGGGUUUCACAGGGAGUUACAUUUCCGGCUCUAAAUUCCUUGAUGGCAACCUGGUUUCCCCCUGAAGAAAGAGCCAAACUCGGUUCCUUCGUUUAUGGAGGCGAGUUCUUUCGCUUUCGUUAUACAGUCUUUUUAAGUUUGAAAAUAUGUCUUGUUCCUCUGUGUGUAAAGUUGCUUUAUACACCGAUGAAGAAAUGUUAUAUAGGUAGAUAUGUUAACGAGUUUAAUCAUCAAAUAUCAAAUAUGGUUAUCAUUUUUACUUCGUUCGCAAUCCGAAUGCAGUUCGGCACCAUCAUUGGCUUAACCUCGAGCGGCUGGCUGUGUAACUCGGGGUUCCUGGGGGGCUGGCCCUCGGUUUUCUACGUCUUCGGGGGUGUGGGGUUAGCGUGGGCAGUUCCUUGGUUCCUCCUCAUCCACGACCGACCCGAAGGACACCCCAGGAUCUCUAAACAGGAACUUGAUUAUAUUCAGGGGCAGCAGGACACCGUCAAAGGCGUGGAGAGAGUGCCGAUCCCCUGGAAAGCGGUGGUGACGUCGCCGCCGAUGUGGUCCAGCGCCGUCAUGGCCUUCGGCGGGAGUUUUGGCUUCUACACCCUCUUGACGGAGAUGCCCACCUACCUCGCCAACAUCCAGCACUUCGAUGUCAAAAGUAAUGGGUUGCUGUCUGGGUUGCCGUACGCCUGCAUGCUGUGCACUUCCUUGGCGUGGGGCGUUGUGGUGGACAGACUCCUGGCGGCCAAGUGUCUCUCCCUCAAAGCAGUGAGACGGAUUUCCACAGCCAUUGCCUAUUACGUGGCCGCCCUCGCACUAAUAGCGAUGUGUUUCGUGGACUGCAACUCCUCUGUGGCGAUGGUAGUGCUAUGCAUCUCCGUCGGAAUCUCCGGCUGCGGCUACAGCGGGUCUUGCCUCACUGAGCAGGACAUCGCACCUAACUUGGCCGGGACGCUGACGGGGAUCACCAACACUCUAGGAUCUGCUACCGGUUUCCUUGCCCCGGCCGUUGCUGGUGCUAUCACUAUGAACAACAAUAAAUCUAUCCACGCCUGGAGAGAGGUGUUCUUGAUGUCAGCUGGUACACUGACAAUCGCGACAUCCCUCUACAUGGUACUGAUGUCCGUUGAGGUACAGCCUUGGAAUAACCCGGAAAAGGACAAAGCGGAGACUAAACUCAAGAUAGAAAACGGCUUCGCUCACAAUUCCAGAUGACCACGAAGUUGACCAAAUAGUAAUAGACAAUAAUGGUGAAGUAAUGAAGAUAAUGGCAAAAAUAAUUAAAAUAAUGGUAUAAAAAGUCAUGAAAACAUGGUGUAAGAAUAAUGAAAAUACUGGUAUAAAAAGUAAUGAAAACCUGGUAUAAAAUGAAUGAAAAUAAUGGUAAUAAAAAAAAUAAUGAUAAAUAAAGUAAUGAAAAUAAUGGUGAUAAAAAUAAUGAUAAAUAAAAGUAAUGAAAAUAAUGAUAAAUAAAGUAAUAGUGCUGAUUUACUGACAAUAAUAAGAACACUCAAACAGACAUCACAUUUUAUAGUCAGGCGCAAGUUGAUAAAAUGUUCAAGAAAUUUAUUUUGGGGAAGCUUUGUGAGCUGUUCUUAAUAAAAGUGUAUCUUUUUAAA